GCGCGCGCGAACACCGCCGCGGUGCUCGCCAGCAGAGCACAUUUGCACUCGGCGCAAAGCGCGCACGCACACUUUGCAUUCGGCGCAGGACAGCGGGGGCACUUUUCGCUCCCUUCUUCGCGCUCACUUGCGACCGUUUCUCAGCCAUGUUAAGUCGCGAGGCGUGAGCGCCGCGCGGCCGUCCCGGAGCUCGAGCCCGCCCGCCCGCCCCCCCACCACCACCCACGUCCCCUCCCUCUUCUUGUUCUCCUUCUCCUUUUUUCUUCGUAGAGCGUUGCCUUUUCUCCUCUAAAAUUGGCUCCCGUACAAACCGCCGCGUUGGAUCCGUCGGCGUACUGCGAGACUCCGGUGUACAACCCGGAUCUCUGCCCCAACAUGAUCGCCGCGCAGGCCAAGCUGGUGUACCACCUCAACAAGUACUACAACGAGAAGUGCCAGUCGCGCAAGGCGGCGGUGUCCAAGACCAUCCGCGAGGUGUGCAAGGUGGUGUCGGACGUGCUGAAGGAGGUGGAGGUGCAGGAGCCGCGCUUCAUCAGCUCGCUGAGCGAGAUGGACAACCGCUUCGAGGGCCUGGAGGUCAUCUCGCCCAGCGAGUUCGAGGUGGUGCUCUACCUCAACCAGAUGGGCGUGUUCAACUUCGUGGACGACGGUUCGCUGCCCGGCUGCGCCGUGCUCAAGCUGAGCGACGGCCGCAAGCGCAGCAUGUCGCUGUGGGUGGAGUUCAUCACCGCUUCGGGCUACCUGUCGGCGCGCAAGAUCCGCUCGCGCUUCCAGACGCUGGUGGCGCAGGCGGUGGACAAGUGCAGCUACCGCGACGUGGUCAAGAUGGUGGCGGACACCAGCGAGGUCAAGCUGCGCAUCCGCGACCGCUACGUGGUGCAGAUCACGCCCGCCUUCAAGUGCACGGGCAUCUGGCCGCGCAGCGCGGCGCACUGGCCGCUGCCGCACAUCCCGUGGCCGGGGCCCAACCGCGUGGCCGAGGUCAAGGCGGAGGGCUUCAACCUGCUCUCCAAGGAGUGCUACUCGCUCAACGGCAAGCAGAGCUCGGCCGAGAGCGACGCCUGGGUGUUGCAGUUCGCCGAGGCCGAGAACCGGCUGCUGCUGGGCGGCUGCCGCAAGAAGUGCCUGUCGGUGCUCAAGGCGCUGCGCGACCGCCACUUGGAGCUGCCCGGCACGCCGCUCAACAACUACCACAUGAAGACGCUCGUCUCGUACGAGUGCGAGAAGCACCCGCGCGAGGCCGACUGGGACGAGAACUGCCUGGGCGACCGCCUCAACGGGAUUCUAUUGCAGCUCAUCUCCUGCUUGCAGUGCCGCCGCUGCCCGCACUACUUCCUGCCCAACCUCGACCUCUUCCAGGGCAAGCCGCACUCGGCCCUGGAGAACGCCGCCAAGCAGACGUGGCGCCUGGCCAGGGAGAUCCUCACCAACCCCAAAAGCCUGGAGAAGCUUUGAGGUAACCCGCCCGAGAUCUUUUCGCAGGCGCCGCGCUCGCGCGCGUGCGCGACACGCACUCGCGCGCGCACACACGCUUUCCGGUACGAUUCCCACGACCCCUUUGACGAGACUUGAAACGCGCGUGGACAUUGGAUACCGUCGAUGUGUUGAUGGCGUUGUGAGAUUGUGAAUGUUGGUGGCUUUUGCUUUUCUUGAUCUCCCGGGAACGAAAACAACCUAAUUUAUACUUUUGCUCGAUACGGUUUGUACUCCUUUUUUUUUCUCGCAAAAGUUUACAUUUGAGUGUAAAGCAUCUGUUAAAGAAACAUUCCAUCGAGUUACUUGAAUUUUUAAUUUAAAGAAUCUUUUUAUUGGCUGUUCUCUUCUUUUUUUUUUUUUGAUUGCUCUGCCACGAUUUCUUUGGACUAAAACCUAUAUAAAUAUAGUAAAUAUAUCUGACGGUAAAAUUAAGGAAAAGAAAUGCACUUGAACUACACUGGAUUAUAACAUCUGUGACCUGUUUGUUUUUUUAAAUUGUCAUCCACUUAAUUUAAAGAGCUAAUAAAACCAACUGUUAUAUAUGUA